AUGACUGCGCAGAAGGACCUAGAGGCAAACCGCGAACACGAUGUAGCCAUCAACACGACAACCAACAUGGGAGACGAGAACAUGCACAGUAUUUCAGAGUCUGGGAACAGAAUAACCAGUUCUCUUUCGAAAUGGUACAAGCUGUUACUUGAGGCGGGAGUCGAGGAAAAUGGAAUUCGACCAGUACCACCAGAGGGAAGAACUGAGACGCAACUCAGUAACCUCUUCACAGUCUUCUUCACCUGCUUACUAUGCAUUCUACCGUUACCCACUGGAGCCCUCGGCACGGUCGUAUACGGCUUGGGUCUGCGAGAUGUUUCGUUGAUCAUCAUCUUCUUCAAUAUUGUGACAUGCCUACCCCCGGCCUUCAUCAGUCUAGGAGGAUACAAAACGGGAAUGCGGCAGAUGAUACAAGCGAGAUACUCGUUUGGUUUAUAUCUCGGUGUCAUACCACUACUUCUUAAUGCUGGUACGGUAACUGGGUUCUCGCUCAUUGGAUCAAUCGUGAGCGGCCAGGCUAUCGCUUCUGUGAAUGAAGAAGCCAACAUCAGCGUCAAUGUAGGCAUCGGCAUUGUCUGCAUCCUCAGCUUCUUGCUCGCCUUCAUGGGCUAUCGAGCGCUUCAUCUGUGGCAGCGAUGGCAGUGGCUACCAAAUCUGGUUGCCAUAGUUAUUGCCGUUGGCUGUGGUGGAAAGCAUCUGGUAGACCAGGCUGACCAUGACCCGGCAACUGUGAAGACUGUCAUCGGGUAUGGGAGUCUCAUGGCAGGGUAUUUCAUGACCUUUGGAGGAACCGUCUCGGAUUUCACUGUAUACCACAACCCCAAAGAAGCCAAGCGAAAAGUAUUUACCUGCGUAUAUCUUGGCUUCCUAAUCCCUUCGACGCCCUUGCUCAUCCUCGGAGCUGCUAUUGGAGGUGCUAUUCCAAAUGUCGAGUCGUGGCAAACAGCCUGGGAUGGUUACGGGAUAGGCGGCGUCCUGGCUGAGAUGCUCCGACCAGCUGGUGGGUUUGGCAAAUUCGUUCUUGUCGUGCUUGCAGUGAGCAUCGUGGGAAACAUGGUGCUGGGCUAUUAUUCGGUCGCUUUGUGUUUACAAAUGCUUGUUCCCAUUUUCACUAGGAUACCACGGUUUCUCUUCAUUAUCGCCACGUUGGCUAUUAUGAUCCCAAUGUCCAUCUAUGCGGCAGCGCAAUGGGAAGAGUCCUUGACAAACUUCCUGUCUGUGAUUGGCUACUGGGCAGGAUGCUUCGACGCUGUGAUCAUCGAAGAGAUAGUGGUUUUCCGAAACAAAGACUACAGCUCGUUUGACUCAAAGAUAUGGAAUCAAGGACGAAGACUUCCGACCGGUCUGGCUGCCAUUGGUGCUUCAAUCAUCAGCCUUGGGUUGGUCGUCCCUUCAAUGGACACGCCAUGGUUCACCGGACCUAUAGGUCGGCAAAUUGGCGACAUUGGCUUCGAGUCGGCUUUUAUCGUCACCGGGAUCGCGUACUAUCCUCUCCGAAGCUUGGAAAUCAAGCUGAUGGGUCAUGUCUGA